AUGCUCGACCAGCGCAAGGAUCUGGAGUGGACACGCGACGAGGACUUUUGGUACGAAGACGGCAGUAUAAUCGUCGUCGCACAGACGGUCGGCUUCCGCAUUUAUCGAGGUCUGCUAGCGAAACACUGUGGGAUAUUUCGCGAACUGUCCACUGUCCCUCCGAGUCAAUGGCAGCCGCCGGCCGGACAGUUGGUCUGCGGUUGCCCAGUCGUUCAACUGACUGAUACCCCGGUUGCUCUGAGAGAGUUGUUGAGUGCGUUGAUGUAUGCGAAAAGAUAUGUCCCCGAGAACGACCUUGAACUGGACGCCCUGUCGUAUCGGAUCCGCCUCGCUCACAAGUAUGGAGCUGAGGACCUCUUGAAGGAAUCUACACAACAAUUACAGGCCCUCUAUCCGACAUCCUUCAUGGAAUGGGAAAAAAUACGUCGACCUCACUCCUCUCGGGCCAUUACGGCGGUGAACUUGGCGCAUCUCACCAGCACUCCAUCCAUUCUUCCCACCGCUCUCUAUGCCUGCUGUCAGCUUCCAGAUGAUACCUUGCUCGAAGGCGCGGUUCACUCCGAUGGCACGGCAGAUACCCUGAGCCGGAGUGAUCUGGUUAAAUGCAUGAAGGCGAAAGUCAUGUAUGCCCGUUCGGAAAUGGACAUGAUCCACGAGAAAUUUCGUCGCAGCUGCCUCUCUGCUGGUGACGCAUGUGAUAAGGCCUUCAAUCUCAUUCGCGAGGCGGCCAUCAGGCGAUUGUUCACUGGGAACGUGGAACCUGGGAUCCUUGAACCGUGGCGCGAAUUUCUCAAUGCACGCGGCAACAUUUCUGGGACCAGACAUAGCACUGCCGCGGUACCAUGCAGACGCUGCCUGGAAAAUGUCAUCAAUGCGGUCAGUGACGUGGAUGUUGAAUGGUGGUGCGAACUGCCUUGGGUCAUGGGCAUCGAAGUGGGCUACUGGCAAAUUCAGCCUGAGCAUUGGGACCCUUGA